GUGUCAUAAAUAUAGACCACCCCUUCACUCUUUCUCCGCCCAACCUCCUUUCCCGCCCUUAAGCACCACCAAAACCCUCUUAAAAACCCCCAAAUCGCACCAAGAUCUCCUUGUGUCUUGGCUCCUUGCUCCGAUCCAACCCGGAAGCCGAGAGAGGGAGAAGCUCCAAGUCCAAUUUCAUAAGCUCAUCUCUGAUUUUGAGGUCUUGGGGUGGGGGGAUUCGUGGUGCCUUUCCUUGUUUGACUUGCUCUUGGAGUGUGAGCUAGCUCACUCGGAGCAGCAGAUCUGCGGCUAUAAACCCCUACAAAAACCUCCAAAUCUUGCGAAUUUGUUGGUCUUCUCGCCGAUUCGUGCUGGGCUUCCAAAAAGUUUUGAUUUAUUUGGUGGGAUUUUGGUUGGUCUAUACUCGAUUUGAGUGAGGUUUUUGGGGAUUUCUUUGGGGGUUCUUGGUGGAUGAGAUUUGUGACCGCCGGCGAUGUCGUCAGCUGACUCCCUCGCCACCGGCCGAAGCCGCCGCGCGGGGCUGCCUCUGCCUCGCCCCAAGCGCGUCCGCGUGUUCUUCGUCGACGCCGACGCCACGGACACCGACUCCUCCGGCGACGAGGAUGACCGCGCCAAGCGGCGCGUGCGGGAGGUCAUCGACAUCGACGUGACGGCAGCAUCGACGGCGCCGGCGAGGCCGCCACAGAAGCGGCUGCUGCCGUCGCCGGUGGUGCUCGCGCGGCGCCGCGCUGCGGCGAAGGCUGGGACCGGUUUCCGCCGGCGGUUCCGUGGUGUGCGGCUCCGGCCGUGGGGCAAGUACGCGGCGGAGAUCCGCGAUCCGUGCCAGCGCAAGCGGCUGUGGCUCGGCACCUUCGACACCGCCGAGGAGGCCGCCGCCGUGUACGACGACGCCGCGCUCCGCCUCAAGGGCUCGCACGCUGUCAUCAACUUCCCUUCAGCUGCCGAGUCCCUUUCCCCGUCGCCGCGUAUGAAGCACCGUCCUCGCCGGGAAAUCCCCAGGGAUAGGUCGACGAUCCCCGACACAGCGGACUCCCUUCCCUCGCCUAAGUUGCCGGCGCCGGCGCAGUCGCAGCCGGACGACGCCGUCCCGUUCUGCCCGUUCGCGUCGCCGGCCUCCGUGCAACGGUACGGCGAGGUGCCCGCGACCGCGCCCGCGCCCGCUCUGACGGCGUUCGACUUCCUCUACGGCGGCCUCGGCGAGCUCGGGGACCUAGCCGCGGAGUCGACGGCGCCGUCGAAGGCGGCGGAGUUCGACUGGCUGCCGUGGUGGGAGGGCGAGGACUUCGUGACGACGGGUCUGACGCCGUCAGCCAGCGCCGUCAGCGUGAAAUGACGCUACUGCCCCUCCCUAUCGUGGCGCCGUUUCGCGCGCUUGCGGCGGGAAACGCAUGGGUGGCCGUGCUGCAGCUGUAGUAAAUUAAGUAUUAUUUUAUUUAUUAUUAAUUACUGGAGCCGUGGAGCAUUGAGACUGUUCGCGGCGUGGCGGGACCCAUCGGGCUCUGCUUUGUGCGCAGGCUGCCUUGAACCGCACGGCUCCCGCGUGGAAACGGAGCAGUGCCCUAUGUUUUUUGGAUUGGAGUAAAUCUGUUUUUUGUAAAUCCGUAAAUGUGGUGAUUAGCUUAGUGAUUAGUGACUUGUCAUGCAUGUGUUUUUAUCGAAGAUUAGUUUCUAUUAGUAUGGCCUUAAUUAACUAAGGUAUUUUUGAGAUGUGUCGAUGAUUUAAACAUGUUUGGGGCUUUGAGAUUGAACAUAAAUUGAGACACAUGAUUUAACCA